AUGACUAAAGACGUCUUCUCGGUUGAAGUUUUCUUCAUUGUUUUUCGUGAAACACUUGAAGCUGCUAUUAUUGUUUCGGUCAUGCUUGCCUUUUUGAAACAGGGUUUGGGACAUGACCCUAAUAAUCGUGCUUUAUAUAAACGUCUUACGCUCCACGUCUGGGCCGGUUCUAUUCUUGGUGUCUUCAUUUGUUUGUGUAUUGGUGGUGCUUUCAUUGGUGUCUUCUAUUCAUUGGGUAAUGAUAUUUGGUCUAAGGCCGAAGAUCUAUGGGAAGGUAUCUUCUCAAUUAUUGCAACUGUCCUGAUUACUGUCAUGGGUCUUGCCAUGCUCAGAAUUAACAAGAUGAAGGAGAAGUGGAGAGUUAAAAUUGCUCAAGCCCUCGUCGACUCUGAUGCCGUUAAGGGUGAACUUGCAUGGUAUAAGAAGUUGAAUCCUGUUUUGUGGACUAAAAAGUAUGCUAUUGCUGUCCUCCCUUUUAUCACCUGUCUUCGUGAAGGUCUUGAAGCUGUUGUCUUCAUUGGUGGUGUUUCUCUUGGUACUUCUGCCACUGCUUUCCCUCUCCCCGUCAUCUGUGGUCUUUUGGCUGGGUUUGCCUGUGGUUACGUUAUCUAUCGUGGUGGUAACUACAUGUCUAUCCAGAUUUUCCUUAUUGCCUCUACAUGCUUUGUCUACCUCAUUGGUGCCGGUCUUUUCUCUCGUGCUGUCUGGUACUUUGAAAUGUACAAAUUCUCUAAUCAGGCUGGCGGUGAUGUUGCCGAGAUGGGAUCUGGCCCUGGUUCAUACAAAAUUACGGCUAGUGUUUGGCAUGUUAACUGCUGCAACCCUGAAACUGAUAACGGUUGGAUGAUUUUCAAUGCUCUUUUCGGAUGGCAGAACUCUGCUACUUAUGGUUCAGUUAUCUCUUACAAUGUCUACUGGAUCUUUGUUAGUGCCUUGUUUAUUCUUAUGUGGUACGAAGAGAAACUUGGGCACUUCCCUCUGUUGGGUCGUUUCAAGAACAAACUCAAAAAGGAACUUACUGAGGCCGAACGUGAAGAUCUUUUCAGGCGUGCUAAUGAGGUUGCUGCUAACUACGGUAAGGAUAAGAAAGCUACCACAGAAACCUCUUCCAGCGAUUUUGAUAUUGAAAAGGACACAAUUACUGUCUCUAAGAGUUAA